AUUAGGCCAUUGCAAUUGGUCACUUUUUUAUGAGAUCCUUAAAAACGACUGCUAUUUUCCUCCAAAAUAAAACAAGAUCUGCAUUAUAAUAGGCCUAUAGCACAAGUUACAUUCUAUUGAGUGGUUCAUGUCACCAUGCUGAAGGACAUUGAGAUAAAUGAUCAAUAGUUCUCUGCAGCCAAACAAAAUUGAUGGCACGUCUCCAACAAAUUAGCCAGCAAUACUGAAUUUCAAGAAGGACGUUUAGACAUAUUGCGUGUGUUGCAGAGAAAUUAGAUCUCUACUCAGGUCCAGCAGUCUACAAAAAGCAUAUGCACAGGUCUUGCAGAAUGUAAUCUUCCCACUAAUGAUAUUCAGUAAUGGAGUCUAUCGUCCAAGGUCUUAUAUGGAAAGAAAUAGGCCUGCUCUGCUUCCUCAACAAAUGACAUUGAGAAAAUGUGCCACAAAUGUGCUUAAAAACAGUCCUAUACAUUUCAAGCCAGUGGUCAUUUGUGCCAAUUUAAUUGAAUGUGUUUAUUGCAAUAGAAGAGACAGUGCAGGUCCCCUUUAAAUUGCAUUUUCACAAUGAACACAUUUACCGAGGGUAAUUAAUAUAUAAACUAUCUCGAUUUGUCACUUUGAUUUGUAUUUUAGUUAAUUGUGAAAGUAAUUACGGCGCAAAUGAACACCUUUCAGGAAAGACUGGGGUUUUAGGGUCCUCUUCCAUCUCAGGGUGCCAUAUUAAUUUUACCUCCUGUUGAUGUGAUGAAAAAGGGGAAUAAAUCUCCGUGAUUGGUGCAGGCCAAUAGUAAAUGGCUUCAUAUUUCACUGGUGCUUUAAUAGAAAUAUUCAUGUGGCCCCUUAAUGAAAUUAAAACCGGGGUGGGGACAAAGCACAGAUCUAACGGUGUGGCACUGUUAAGAUAUUAAGAAAAUAAUGAAAACGAGAUGUUUUAGUGAUUCAGAAGGCACAGAUGCUGUUCAUAAAUUCCAAAACUACCGAAAUUGGACUGUCAAAACGUUUUCUUAAUGGAUCUCAAAGCUCAUCAUAAAAAAAUACAAAUUAAUCCAUGUUCGAAAUGCCGAAAGGAGAAAAUUAUCUGAGGCCUGAGCGAGAUAAAAGUCAUAUCAAGAUAACCUCAAUGCCAUUAUUUGAUUAACUUUUAGGUUCAGGAUUAAGCCUUCUAAUUUUGUGGUGCAUACGUGGAUUCACUUUACAUGAUGCCACACAUCAAUCUAAGACUCAGCUAUUAUUCCGUAAUCGGUCAUGAUAUUAUCAAGGUUUCCAAUUAAAUGGUGAUCCUUUACUUGGAACUACCCAGUGACUUGUUGAUUUCCCCAGAGCAAAUAAACGUCUGCGCAGUUCCCAAGAGAGUGGUUAGCUGAUGAAUUGACAAAAACUAAUCAGCUUUAUUGGGAGACAAGUUAAGGGCAACAGGGUGUCAAUAAUUCUCAUCUUGACCUCUUCUUCCAUUAACUUUAAGUGGCUUAUUAGACCAAAAGGCAACCACCCCAGAGCUAUAGGCCUACACGGAGCAUAUAGCUCAAAUAACUAACUAAUUUAUGCUUCAUAUUUUGUGCGCUCAAUUGUAUCCGGCUACUAUGGAUUUUUCACACAUUUUUGUCUCAAUUGAUGACAAUUAGUGCACUUUCAUAAUUGCGUUUCCAUAAUUGUCAUACAUUAGAGCCUAAAAUCUCAAAAAUGUGUCGUGGUUUUGCAUGUUUUCUUGGAAAACGAAGUCUACAGCAUGAGGCGGGGUGUGUAUUUAGCAGCUGCAAGCCGAGACAUAAAGGAAUAGAUCCAGGGGGCAGCUAGGUCAGUUCAGAAUCUUCAAAUAUAUAUGGUCUUACCCUAAUUAGAAAUAUUUUAUAAUUUAAUACACUUUGAAAAGUCAAAUAUAAUUAAAGGAGCUAAAAAAUGAAAAUGUGUUGCAUUGAGUUCAUCCCAGAACACACACAAAAAAACUCCAGUCAUCAUAUAACCUUUAUUUUUUCAGGGUUCCGGGAGGCUAUGCACUCCAUGAUAUCAAGACAGUUAGGCCUACAUUUCACAUUUAUAUUGUGGGACAGAGCAAAAAAAUGUAGGACUUUUCGAUCUCUCGGGUUUGGGUAGUGGCAUAAGGCAGGCUCUUAGCUAGAUUUCCCAGUUGGGCUCGUAAGAUCUCCGGGUCAUGCAUAGACAUAGUUUUUCAUUUGUGACGUUAAACUUUCGGGGGGAGCUACGGUGAAUGGCAAACGAUUCUCUUCACAAAAAAAUCAUUUUAAUAGUUUCCUAUGGUUGCAAUCAUCAGGCGUUGAAGUAUUCACAGUGGAAUUAAAUUAAAGUUACAUACUGUAACUCGAAAUAAUGUCAAUACAAGCUCUCAAACAUUUUUUCUUAAAUGUAUCCGUUUUAUGCAACAUUUCGAUCAUUUUCCUUGUAUAAUGAAAAUAUGAUUAAAAAAAAAACGUAUUUAAAAACAACAACCAAAAAGUGGGGCGGUUCAAUUAUUGGAGAGGUAUGCAAUGUGCCGAAAAAAACGCACGGUGAACAUGUCUUGAAUUGACCAAUGGGACAACUCCAUGCCAAAUGGGUGGAACCAAUCCCCUACCGAAUAGGAAUGAAGUGUCAUGUGGAGUUUCACCGUUCACACUUUAACCAAGAUCAAAACUUUGAGAGGUGGAACAACAACGACACUUCAACAUCGUUUUGAUAGGCAACUAACUGUUCAACGUCUGCAAACGACGGGGACACUGGUUCAAAUGGAGAAAUCUACAAAUUUCCGCAUCGAUGCGCUUCUCGCUGUUGACCCGCCGAAGGCGCAGACAUCUCCGCUUGCGCUUGUGACUUCUUUAUCCUCCUCUUCCAUUUCAUCGUCCGGAAGUGUACGAGCCUCAGAAUUGAAUGCCGACUCUUUAAGGACUGAGACCCCGUCUCCACCGAGGAUUUCCUCCUGUGGUUUGAUUCCUAAACCGGGCUUCUUGAACAGUCCCCACAGUAUUGUUGGAUUACAUCCACAGAGUAGCGCAGGGAUCCCUCCCCAGGCUCUCUACGGCCACCCCAUGUAUACCUACUCCCUCGGGCAGCACCCUGCCCUGUCCUAUUCAUAUCCUCAUGGGUCCCAUCACCACCAUCCCAGUGACUCCCUCAAACUGUCUGCCGGGACCUUUCAGCUCGACCACUGGCUGCGAGUCUCCACAGCGGGAAUGAUGCUACCCAAAAUGCCCGAUUUUAACUGUGAGUAUUCUCAGGCCCAAUCAAACUUGCUUGGAAAGUGCAGAAGACCAAGGACUGCAUUCACAAGUCAGCAGCUCCUGGAGCUGGAGCAUCAAUUCAAACUAAAUAAGUAUCUGUCGCGACCAAAGCGCUUUGAAGUGGCUACAUCGUUGAUGCUGACGGAAACGCAGGUGAAAAUUUGGUUCCAGAACAGGCGGAUGAAGUGGAAACGGAGCAAGAAGGCCAAAGAGCAAGCCGCGCAGGAGGCAGAGAAUAAGAAAAACAACAAAAACGGCCCGGAGAAAACUGACGGACAGGAAAAAACGGAUUAUCAAAAGACUGGUUCUGCAAAAAGUAACAGAAUAAGAGACUUCAGGGACAGUGACGAUGAUGACGGUGGCAACUUCCUGUACAACUCCUCGGAUUGCUCUUCAGACGACGAGAGAAACCACACCAGUGAUAUAAGUCCACAACCUUGAGACAGGGACAAGGAAACGUGGGACAAGGAAACGUGCAUUUUUGAAAAACUAUACACUCCUUAAACUACAGAUGCAUGUAGGCCUACAGUAAUAAAAACAUUAAAACCUACCCGGAAAUUCAGAAAUUAAAUGAGAAUAAUUUGGAAAACACUAAAGGAUCCAUGCCUGACUGAGAUUCAGUGUGUGCAGAAUGGCUCUAGCAAGCAAGGUCAGAUUGACGUUUUAGAAGGUAGUAUUGAGGUACAUUAUUUGUAACAUUGCAUGGUUUUAUGUGAUAAUGUCAUGUUUUCACUCAGUUGUUUUAGGACCCUAAUGUCCACUACAAUCAUAUGGGUUCUCCACUAUAGGGGUUAUUAUCAUAAUAUUUUGAUAUGGCGAGCAAUUGUAAAUUCAGACAUGCAUUUUCUUUUGUUUUAUGUUUUUGAACAUUGUGUGGUUUUACACUUAUGUCAUUGCGUCAUAUAGGCCUACCAUUUACGUACAGAAAAAUGUUAUGCGUUUAUUUUUGUACACUGUGUUUAUAAAAUGUCUACAUGUCUGCAUGCUAAAUUAUUGUUUACCGUCUCCCAUGGUACAGACGACAUUAAAUAAAUGUGUUUUUCAAUGCUGA